AUGCGUUCGCUCCAGAGUGCCACUCGCUCGGCCUCGCGUACCCUUCGCGCCGCUCAAUGGCGACCCAGCGAGCCCGCCUCGAUACUUACCGGCGCACAUCGGCCGUUAUCGGCGCAUUCCCGAUUGCUACAUGCAGCACCACCGCGGAAGUCUUCCUCAGUGACCAUGAAGGAUUCCUCCAAUCCUGCCAUGUCGUUCCCCUGUUUGGAUGCCCAAGAAGCCAAAUCAGCUAUGCUUACAGCACGCUCGCUUGAGUCCGGACCCGAGCCUUCUUACACUACUGGUCAGCAUGAAAGCUUCCACUGCGACCAGCCGCUUCUACUUGAUUGGGGCGGCGUAUUACCGGAAUUCGAUAUUGCGUACGAAUCAUGGGGUCAACUUAAUAGUGAUAAGAGCAAUGCGAUCCUCCUGCAUACCGGUCUAUCAGCAUCCAGCCAUGCUCACAGUACUGCGUCAAACCCUAAGCCUGGCUGGUGGGAGAAGUUCAUUGGACCCGGUCUGCCUCUGGAUACCGAUAAAUACUUUGUGAUCUGCACCAAUGUGCUGGGUGGCUGUUACGGAAGCACGGGACCUUCUUCAAAGGACCCGUCAGACGGAAAGCGAUAUGCUACACGGUUCCCGAUUCUUACACUGGAGGAUAUGGUCCGGGCUCAAUUCCGCCUUCUAGAUGGCUUGGGUAUUCAGAAGCUUGCUGCAUCUGUCGGAUCCAGCAUGGGAGGAAUGCAGAGUCUAGCAGCUGGUGUGCUGUUUCCUGAGCGAGUUGGCAAGGUUGUCAGUAUUAGCGGCUGUGCUCGUAGUCACCCAUACAGCAUUGCUAUGCGACACACACAGCGACAGGUAUUGAUGAUGGACCCCAACUGGGCGCGUGGAUUCUACUAUGAUGCUAUUCCUCCACACUCUGGCAUGAAGCUGGCGCGUGAAAUCGCUACUGUCACAUACCGCAGUGGACCCGAGUGGGAAAAUCGGUUCGGUCGUCGCCGUGCUGAUCCCACAAAGCAGCCUGCUCUAUGCCCCGACUUCCUCAUUGAGACAUACCUUGACCAUGCUGGUGAGAAGUUCUGUCUUGAGUAUGAUCCUAAUAGUCUGCUCUAUGUCUCCAAGGCCAUGGAUCUGUUCGACCUCGGCCAUGCCCACCAAGUCGAGACUCGUCAGCGUCGUGCAGAAUCUGAGACCCGUAUUGCGCAAGGUGAAGUUUCAAGGGUCUCCGAUACUUCCUGCAGUUUGACAUUACCUGAGAAGCCAUACGAGGAGCAGCCUGAGGCUGCUGCCACCGUGCCUCCACACGAUGAAUCCGUUUCCUCCGGUGGGGUGGAAGGCCCGCCCAGUGACCUCGUGGCAGGUCUUUCGCCUCUAAAGGACCAUCCAGUCCUUGUUAUGGGUGUUGCUAGCGAUAUUCUCUUUCCAGCAUGGCAACAACGUGAGAUUGCCGAAACUCUGCGCGCUGGUGGUAACCAGAACGUUGAGCACAUUGAGCUGGGCGAGGACCUGUCUCUUUUCGGACACGACACAUUCCUUCUCGAUCUUAAAAACAUUGGUGGUGCACUGGGACGGUUCUUGAAAUAA